AUGCCGCGUCAGAAUUCCAGCCAGAAACCGGUAAAGCAGCCCGGCGUUCACGCCCCGGAGAUCAAGGAGGCACUGAGCUCCCGGGCAAUGUACCGAACCAUCAUUGUGGUCGCGAUUAUAUUUCUUCUUCUUGCGUGCCUGGCCGUCGUCUCAAGCGCGUCGACGCAGCAGGGCGAGGACCGCAGUCGGCCGCGGGCCAUUGUGGUGGUUGUCCCGUACCUUCGCCCCGACAUCCUGGAGGCAGCCAUGGCAAGCAACAAGGCACCCUUUCUCGGCCUCCUCUCCGCCGCCGAUGGCAUCUAUGCUCGUCUCCGCACGAGGAACGCGGACCUGAUGCCCUCUCUCGUGACACUGCUUACUGGCAGCGAGCAGUCCAGCGCGGCGAAUCUCGAGGGGGCGACGAGCUUUCUGAGGGCGCUGAAGAAAGCUGGGAAGACACCCGUUGUGCUUGCGCCGUCGUCCUAUUGGUCGGAGCAGGGCGUGGCCGGCAGCAACUGCAGCCGUGUGGGGCUCCUCGACUCGGAGUGCUCCGGCGUGACGUGCCCCGCUGCGACCGCUAUGGCAUACUGCAACGCCGCGGAGAAGCUUCUCGCGUGCAGCAGCAAGGCACAGCUAUACGAAGAGGAGGCCUUGGAGGGGUUCCGCCAUCUCUUGAAGCACGACGGUGACCUUCUGUACGUCCAUGCGAACGUCUCUAGUGGUACGGCUGCCGCCAACGAGGAGCGCAUGACCGGGAUGAGCGACAUCAGUAUUAUGGACGGCACGCUGGGGAAGCUGGCGCUCGCCAUCAUCAAGCGCUCCAGUGAGACGAAGGAGAGUUGGCUACUGAUGCUCGUCGGUGCGGGGGGAAACGGUCUCACGGAGGUUCCGCUCGUGAUGGCGGCGUAUGCCAGGGGCAGUCUGCUGCGCUUCGGUCCGAUACCGGAGGACGCGACGCUUGCCGAUAUUGGACCGACGGUGCUGAACUGGUACGGUCUCGCCUCGAUUAGUGACGCUCCGCGGGUGCGUGGCAUGUGCUCGUCGGGUGUGCUGGUCGACAACUGCGAGAGCACGACGAAUUGGCCUUGA